UGGUAGCCUAAGAACAACUGUCAGAGAGUUGAGGUUAGGUAGAAAAAGAAUCACAUAAUUCCUCAACAUGUCUUUACGAACGGUGUCCCGAGUGUUAUUAAAACACUUAAAUACCCAAAAACAAUUCAGCAACACGAUAAAGUUAUCAAGCCUAGGAUCGCAAACUCUGGUGAGGCAUUGUUCAGACAAAACCAACACAGACAACAAACUGCAGGUUUAUUUUGGUAAUCUCAGUCGCCAAAUCAAAAAUGUUAAGAUAUUCUCAUUGAUGACCAGUGUUGCUGGUUUAGCAGCUCAACCAAUCAUUUACUUGGAGCUUUCCAAACUGCAAAGUGUGCCUCUAUUAGUAGUGGGAUGCUCAUUUGUUGGUUUCUUCACCUUUGCAACGCCCAUACUGUUGCACUUUGUCACAAAAAAAUACGUUAUUAAGCUAGAUUAUGAUAGAGUCAAUGGAAGUUAUAUAGCAACUACCUACAAUGUUCUUUGCAUGGAGAAGAAACUGGAGUUUAAGCCAGAUGAUGUGUACGUACCUGACGUUCCUGGCAUGUUCACGACGUUGUUCGCUAAGAAGAAGGCGCUGUUUUUAGAAGCCUCAGCCUUCGAUGACCCUACACAUUACGCGAAAAUCAUGGGUUACGAUAAACCCAUGGAUUUCAAGUUGUACACGGCUCCACCAGACGAAGUUACCAAGAAAUAAGUUAGCUUUAGUUUGUUAUUAAUGUUGUAGUAAUAA